AUGGACAUUUACCGCCGGUAUGCCUCACGUGAGCACGACAAACGACAUUUCACCCAGCUGCUGGCCUCGGGCCACAUAAAGCUCCGCCCACUUUCUUCCUGUUUCGAUACGCCAGAAUCCGGCGAGUAUGCAGCGAAAACCAUUGAUUACUGGCGCUCUGUGUUUGAAAACGCUGCGUUUUUCGUUGGCGCCGACGAGUCGCUUUUCGGGCCCGUUUUGACUGUCGUGUACAAAAAUCCAUCCACAGACAAACUAUGUACGCUUUCCGUGUCCAAGUACGGGUGCAAUGUUUACGAAAACCUCAUUCUCGACUCGUCAUCUCGCUUUUGGCCCGCCUGCGAGAAUCUUCCCGAGAACAUGCGGCGCUCCAAUGUUCGCCGGGCGUUGGCCGUGUCCAAUUUGAAGAACUACAAUCAGCUCUGGAACAAUAAAGGGCUUGUGCAAGUGACGCAGCACUGGGACGAAACCAAUGCGGGGGCCUUGGCGGCGUCGAUGGAAAGUAUAGAUUUACCUGCCAGAGACUUGGGCGAAAAGCUUCUUUCCUUGGGCCUCAUACAAGACCAAACCAUUCCGUCGCUUAUGGUGGAUGUGGUGUAUGCCAAUCCGUCCGAUCCAGAAGACUCCACGACGGCAGCGGAAAACAACAAGCUUGUCAUGCAUCUCGGAGAGCAAUUGGAGCAGCUUUUCGACCCCUUGCUAGAGUAUUCUCCUCAGGCGAUGGACAUUGAGUAUAAAACCCCAGAGAACCCAACGAAACCUGUCUUGGGCCACAACGAAAACGUCCAGAGAGUCAUCGAAGAGUUGCUUACAGUGCAGGCAAAUUAUACUACGGACCUUGUCGACUUGCUACAAAAUUUCAUCAUUCCUCUUCGUGUCAGUGUUCUUUCGUCUUCUUCUUCAUCUGGAAUGAUGAAGGUGAACCUGGCCUUCCCCCCUACAAUCGACGAAAUCACCAGAGUCAAUUGCAUAGUCCACGAUCUGUUGAACAGGGCAAGCAAGUACGGCUAUGUGGAAAUAUUCAAGGUCUUGGGCUCUUUUCUUCGCUUCUUCUACAAGGCAUUUGUUCGUCACGAAGCAAACCUUGCCAAUUUUAACUCGCGCUUCGAGAAGUUCGUCAGUCACAACUAUGCGUAUGCUUUUGAGUCAGAGACCAUCAAUGCCCACCACAUGACUCCUCGCAGCAUCAAAACGUCUAUCGCAGAGUCCAUUCUUGAACUUCCGCGUUUGAAGCUUAUAAUCAAGAGAUUGUACGAAACAGUCAAGGAGGAGAAAGCCAAAGCGCAGAAUUUUGAAGAUUCUGGUUUUGAAGAUUCAUGUGCUAAGAAAGAAGAUGACGACAUCGACAACUACUAUGCUGCAGCAAUGCAAGUGAUCGAUUCCUUUGGUUAUAAUGAAACCCAGCCAAGCCCAAAGACUAGAGUUUUCACGCCUUCAGGCAAGAUUCUCACCGAGUUAGCCACCGAAUGGCCUACUGAGUUACAAUAUGGCUGGCUUUCGAGAAAGGUUGUUGGCAUUUUCAAUUUUUUGAAUGUGAAACGUACAUCCGAUUCUUUGGGAUUAGAAGUUGCCAUCAUAUUUUCCGACCAUGUGCUUUUCCUUGAGAUCCUAGAACCUUCUAGCAGCGAAAUCACAAACAUUCUUCCCGAUAUUCUCAUGAACUCUUUGGUCAACCAAAAGCCACUUCCGAAGCUUUCCACUUUCCCCAAACUCCGCGUCAAGUAUUGGUGUCAAAUUAAUGACUUAGAAGUGAGACGCUUUGAGAGUGCAAACGGUCAUUGUGUUUCGUUCACCACCCUAAAUGGAAAUCAUUUCAAAAAUAGAGAUGCUACUGAAAUCCUGUUCCUACAAGUUUACGAAAUACCGCUGGGAAAAGAUUCUCUUGAUAUAUGCAAUAGGAUAAUGGACCUCGUGAGCAAAGCACAGGUGCUAUGCAAAUCGACACCAUUCCAUCUUUUCAAGCACGAAGAAGGUGAUCUCCAAAGAUAUUUCUGUGCUCAUGAGAUCUUAGUGUAUGAGAAGGAAGUAUCUAAAUCUCCCAUUGUUCUACUUCUAAACAUGGAAGAGAGCGAUUUGACGGCACUAAUGAGACAAAACAAUCUGAUUUUCUUUGCAGUGUCAGUUACGCUGCUUAACGAGCACACUGUUAAUUUAUUGGGCCAGGACCGUCAAGAGAAUUUGAAAAUUGAAGAGAUUGUUGCAUUGGAUGACUUGAAAGUUUCUCUCAAAGAAAUUGUCUCAAAGGCAAUAGAUGCAAUGUUCCAUUCGAGUUACUUUUCUACGAUAUUGACGGACGGAAACUGGAGCUGUCUUGAAUUUUUCAUAGACACCUUUUGCCGUAAAAAUGAAGAGAACGACACUGGUAAAGUUGAGGAGGAAAAUAAUGACAUAACUCACACCACUCCAAAGAUUGAACAUGAGAUCAAAAGUUCAAACUCUCCAAAGAUUACUCACGGCAAUACUCCAAAGACCGAGGUAAGAAGAAGUGGCAAAUCGGAAAGACGGAAAUCAGGUCUCUUUAAACUUUUAGGAAUAUUCAAAAACAAAGAGCAGCCCAUCAAGGCACAGAAGACGAGAAGUGAAAAAGAGAGGUAUAUCGCUGAUACACCUAUACCCAGAGGUAAAUCAAAGGUUUACAAAAAACUAUACAAGCCAGAUCCUCUGCUUCGAGAUGCGUCAAUAGCAAGUUCCGUACCAGCGACACCAGCAAUUCAAUUACCGGGCAAUGCAGAGUCUCAAGUAAAAAUUGCUAAGAGGGCGGAAACAUCGCCGGAUACAAAAGCAGUUACGAGUGAUACAACACUAAAGACUCCAGAUCAGAAUGAUGCGAGAAACGUUUCGCAAGGAACAACGUCUUCUUCAAACUAUUCAGAAUCUUUGGACGUGAAUGCACAAUUCAAAUUCCCUGCAGCUCCACUAGAAGAAAACACACUGCAUCAAAGUACAAUCGAAGAAGAGACAUUGAAACAACCUGGAAGUGUUGACACCACAGUGUACAGUCCAUUGGAUGAUGCAGCUGUUGUGGUUAACCAAGGUGAAGACGGCGAAAAGAAAAUCGUUGAGGACGAAAACGAAGUAGUUGAGUUUGUCAUGCCAAAGCCCAGCAUGUUGGAUGUUGGCAAGGUUAGAGCAAGUGACGCUCUUGUCAUAAAGCUUUCUCCUAAAAAAGAAGAACCAACAGCCAAAAGAGUCGCUUCAAGCCAAGAAAUUGCCAAUGCUCUCGAUAAUAUCACGGCAAUAGGUGUUCUGCCUGAGGUUCAUGAUCGCUACAAAAUGUACGAUGCUAUACCGAACAGCAUUUUUUCAUCUGAUGGUACGAGCAACUGGGUUUCUUUGGCAAGAGAAAACUCUUCCAACCUUGAAGCGGAAAUCCGUGCCAUGAAGGAAGAAGCACACAUGGACACAGAAGACGUCAUUGAUGUGGCUCCUCUGUACAUGCGGGCGCAGGCAUACCAGUUUGAUACUUCUACGGGAACUACAACAUCCGGUGAUCAUUAUACGGGUGAUAGUCACCAGGAUAGUAUUCGAAUCCACCAUCUUCCGGUAUUGCGAGAAAUGGAGAGAGAAGAGUCCGUGCAAUCGUUGACUCCAGAACAGAUUGUCCAGCAGUUUGAGUCUCAACUUGACCAAGACUUUGACUUGGACGGGGUGAAUCUUGACCGCUCUAUAUCAAUGACCUUAUCAACCAAACUCGAUCCAAUUGAUGGCGACCUCAGCCCUGGAUCGGAAACAUUGCUGGAUGGGUCCUUGAACUUUGGCGACCGUGAGUCAGAGAGCCUGAUUUCGUCAAGCGGAAGCACUAAAAUUGUUCCCCAUGCUAGUAACGGUAAAGAGAAUGCUCUUGGCCAAAGACGCCAAUUGCUGUCCUCAAACCCAAACAUUCUGCUUGCGGAAUCUUUACAGGUGGAGAACCAUAGCACUUCUGACGAGGAAUUUUUCUCUUCAAGUGACUUUAUCCACACGGUGAGCUACUUUAUUGAGCAAGACGGAGGAGCGAAAAAACACAACCUUUCGAGAUCGCUUUCAAGUGAGCGAACUUUGCAAAACGAACUCCAUCAACCUGUUAAGGAAGAAACUCUGAGUCUCGGUUUGCGUUUGGAGUCUGUUGCUUUCCUUUCAGAUAUCCUAAACGGCAACUUGGAGUUAUAA